AUGUAUAAGGCAACCAUCCUUUGUGCUCUCCUCGCUUGCGCCUAUGCAGGUUUCGCUGGACACGGUGGAGUGAGCCAUUCUUCCAGGAAGCAAGAUGAUCACGGAAACUACGCUUUCGGUUACCAAAUUGCCGAUGGUCACGGUUCCACCAACGGACGCCAAGAAGUCGGCGAUGGAUGGGGUCACGUUGUAGGAUCUUACAAUUUGGGUAUCGUCGAUGGCAGAAAACGUGUUGUCCAUUACGUAGCUGACGGACAUGGUUUCCGUGCUGCCGUCAAGACCAACGAACCCGGCACUGCUCACAGCUUGCCCGCUGCUGCUGUCAUUGCUUCUCCAUACCACGGUGCCCCAUCCGGUGGCGUUGUAGUCCACAAAGCUGUUGUUCCCGUCCAUGGCGGUUAUGGUUAUGGAGGUUAUGGUGGCUACGGAGGAUACGGUGGCUACGGAGGAUACGGUGGUUAUGGAGGAUACGGAUUCGGAAAGGGUUUCCAUGGUUAAAAAUUAAUCUUCUGUAUAAUCCUCUAGGUAAUUAUCGCUUCAGAAUAUUUAUAUCCUAUAGUGAAAUAUAUACACGUAUAUAAACUUAUUUGUAUCUUUACAGUUUUGCCACGAUAAUUGCUGUUGUGUACCACUGGCAGAGGUACUCGGGUAUUUAUGCUUGUAAUUCAACCAAAGGUUUUCAUAUCGUCGUACUUCUUCUUCAUAUCGAAGUCUGAAGUAUGGACUGUUCCUGUGUGCAUUAUAGAUGUGUAUCGUACUUAAUUCUAAUACUGGUGUGCUUGUAAAUAUCGCUACCUCUUCACUUCGAAAUACGUGUUUCUUUUUAUAAAAUAAAUAAUAAAAAUUUAUUUUGCAAAAUAUAUCUUUGUUAUUUCUGGUUUUUUAUUUAUCAGCAAUUAAUUUCUUAUUCGUUUUAUAAUGGUACAAAAACUGAUAAUUAAUGAAAUCAAUGUUUUUUAAACGGUUAAAAAAAUAACAAAAUUACAUUCACAUCUAUCACAGAACAAAUAUUCAGAUAAAAUGACUUGAAUCUGAACUUUUCUGAUAUUUUGCAAUUAGUAAUAUAGCUUCGGGACAAGCAUUUUGCAAAUAGUAAUAAUGGACUUUCGGAACUUUUCCAGUGUGAGAAGUAAUGAUUUGACCGAUCUAGAAAAACGGAUAACCGCUCUGAGACUCCAGAAUAAGGUUACCAUAUUUCAGGUUCAAAACCAGAAAUCAGGACAUUGUAAAUGAAGUAGCAAGAUGGUAAAAUUGAUGGAUAUCAAGCAUUAGGCAAUACAGUACCUAUUCUGGAAAAUAAUGAAUACUUUUAAUUAAAUUAAUUUUAUUGAAUCUUCAAUUACUGCUUUCUUUUUUUUGUUCAAACAGAUGGAAAAAGUAAAAAUAAAAUAAAAAAACUAGACUAUGGCUAGAGGUAACCAUUGAUCCAUC